UACUAUAGCUACUUUGGGAGGUUACUGGAUUCUACAAUGUUUUGUAGAAAUACAAAAAAGCUUGAAGAGGAACGUCGAGUCAAAGCUAACGACCGUGACUACAAUGAAAAGUUUAAUUAUGCAAAUAAUGCAAUCAAGACGUCCAAGUAUAAUGUACUUACGUUCCUGCCUAUCAAUUUGUUUGAACAAUUCCAGCGAGUUGCCAAUGCAUAUUUUCUUUUCCUGCUGAUAUUACAGCUAAUCCCUGAAAUUUCUUCCUUGUCAUGGUUUACCACCAUUGUGCCUUUAGUUCUUGUAUUGACCAUCACUGCUGUAAAAGAUGCCACUGAUGAUUAUUUUCGUCAUAAGACUGAUAAUCAAGUGAACAAUAGGCAGUCUCAGGUUCUUCUCAGUGGCAGACUACAGAAUGAGAAGUGGAUGAAUGUAAAAGCGGGCGAUAUCAUCAGACUGGACAACAAUCAGUUUGUGGCUGCUGACUUGCUCCUCCUCUCCAGCAGUGAACCACAUGGCCUCUGUUACGUGGAAACAGCUGAGCUUGAUGGGGAAACUAAUUUGAAGGUUCGGCAAGCUCUGCCAGUGACGGCAGACCUUGGAGAAGAUAUUUCCAGGCUUGCUGAGUUUAAUGGGGAAGUCUUGUGUGAACCUCCAAACAACAAGCUUGACAAGUUUAAUGGAACACUAAUCUGGAAAGACAGCAAGUAUUCAUUAAAUAAUGGCAAGAUGCUGUUGAGAGGAUGUGUCCUCAGAAACACUGAAUGGUGCUUUGGAAUGGUCAUUUUUGCAGGGCCAGAUACUAAAUUAAUGCAGAACAGUGGUAAAACUAAAUUUAAAAGAACCAGCAUUGAUCGACUAAUGAAUACUCUAGUUUUAUGGAUAUUUGGUUUCCUGGUGUGCAUGGGGAUUAUUUUAGCUGUUGGGAAUUCUAUUUGGGAGCACCAUGUGGGCAGUCGUUUCAGAGUCUACUUAUAUUGGGAAGAGGUGGUUAAUAGCGCUGUUUUCUCAGGAUUCCUCACAUUCUGGUCUUACAUCAUCAUACUGAAUACUGUAGUGCCCAUUUCGCUUUACGUAAGUGUUGAAGUUAUUCGCCUGGGACAUAGUUACUUUAUCAACUGGGACCGUAAAAUGUAUUAUUCCAAAAGGGGCACUCCUGCUGAAGCUCGGACCACUACUCUAAAUGAAGAAUUAGGACAGAUAGAGUAUAUAUUCUCUGAUAAAACAGGGACACUAACUCAGAACAUAAUGACAUUCAACAAAUGUUCAAUCAAUGGCAGAUUAUAUGGUGAAGUACGAGAUGAACUUGGUCGAAAAGUGGAAAUUACUGAGAAAACACCACCAGUGGACUUCUCAUUCAAUCCCCUUGCUGAUGGCAAGUUUCAGUUUUAUGAUCACAGCUUAAUUGAGUCUAUAAAGCUGGAGGAGCCCCACGUGCACGAGUUUUUUAGAGUGUUGUCACUCUGUCAUACUGUCAUGUCUGAAGAGAAAAAAGAAGGGGUCCUGAAUUACCAAGUGCAGUCACCAGAUGAAGGUGCAUUGGUUACUGCUGCCAGGAAUUUUGGAUUUAUAUUCAAGUCCCGAACGCCUGAGACCAUCACUGUGCAAGAAAUGGGGAGAAUUGUAACAUACCAACUUUUAGCAAUAUUAGAUUUCAACAAUGUCAGGAAAAGAAUGUCUGUCAUAGUACGAAAUCCAGAAGGACAGAUUAAACUUUAUUGUAAAGGAGCAGACACUAUUUUAUUUGAGAGGCUCCAUGUCCAUAGUGAAGAAUUAAUGUACAUCACUUCAGAUCACCUCAAUGAGUGUGCUGGUGAAGGCCUGCGGACUUUAGCCUUGGCAUAUAAAGACCUCAACGAAGAUUACUUUAAAUGGUGGCUGAAGAUCCAUCAUGAAGCCAGCAUUGCUUUGGAGAACAGGGAGGAACAGCUCGCAGAUGCUUAUGAACAAAUAGAGAGUGACAUGAUGCUACUAGGUGCUACUGCAAUAGAGGAUAAGCUGCAAGAAGGAGUGACAGAUACUAUUGCUAGUCUCCUGCUGGCCAACAUUAAGCUGUGGAUCCUAACUGGAGACAAGCAGGAAACUGCCAUGAACAUUGGUUACUCUUGCCACAUGCUCACAGAUGACAUGAAUGAUAUUUUUGUAAUAUCUGGUCACUCAGUAACAGAGGUUCGAGAAGAACUAAGAAAAGCAAAGGAAGCAACUUUUGGACAGAGCAGAAGCCUAUUUAAUGGCCACCAAUUCUCUGAGAAAAUGAACGACAUAAAGGUUGAAUCUGUUUAUGAGGAAACUGUAACUGGUGAAUAUGCCAUAGUCAUAAAUGGACACAGUCUGGCGCACGCCUUAGAAGCAGACAUGGAGAAAGAAUUCCUAGAGAUUGCAUGCAUGUGCAAGACUGUGAUCUGUUGCAGAGUGACGCCUCUUCAGAAAGCGCAAGUGGUGGAACUAGUGAAAAAGUAUAAAAAAGCAGUUACUCUGGCCAUUGGGGAUGGCGCCAAUGAUAUCAGUAUGAUCAAGAGUGCUCAUAUAGGAGUUGGCAUCAGUGGACAAGAGGGCAUGCAAGCUGUUCUGGCCAGUGAUUACUCAUUUGCUCAGUUUAGAUACUUGCAAAGACUUCUUCUAGUUCAUGGCCGCUGGUCCUACUUCCGAAUGUGCAAAUUCCUCUGCUAUUUCUUCUAUAAAAACUUUGCCUUCACACUAGUUCAUUUCUGGUUUGGAUUCUUUUGUGGCUUCUCAGCCCAGACAGUCUAUGACCAGUGGUUUAUUACACUGUUCAAUAUUGUAUAUACAUCACUUCCUGUCCUAGCCAUGGGGCUGUUUGAUCAGGAUGUGAAUGAACAGAAUUGUGUGGACUACACUAAACUCUAUGAGCCUGGCCAACUGAAUCUACUAUUCAACAAGCGGAGAUUUUUUAUUUGUGUGUUACAUGGAAUUUACACCUCUUUUGCCCUGUUCUUUAUACCGUUUGGUGCAUUUUUUAAUACAGCUGCAGAGGAUGGAAAGCACAUAGCGGACUAUCAGUCUUUUGCUGUCACUGUUGCUACAAGUCUAGUAAUAGUUGUCAGCGUCCAGAUUGGUCUGGACACCAGCUACUGGACUGCUAUUAACCAUUUCUAUAUCUGGGGUAGCCUCGCUGUGUACUUUUCUAUCCUAUUUGCCAUGCACGGAGAUGGGAUCUUUGAUAUUUUCCCCAGUCAUUUUCCAUUUGUAGGAAAUGCCAGAAAUUCCUUAAGUCAGAAAAGCGUUUGGCUUGUGAUAUUCCUGACCACUGUGAUUUGUGUCGUGCCUGUGUUGACUUACCGCUUCUUGAAAGUGGAUCUGAGUCCUACACUAAGUGAUAAGGUUCGAUAUUUGCAGCAGGCUAAGAAGAAACGGAAACCCCUAGCAAACCGCAUGCGCCGGGUACACAGAACUAGUUCUAGAAGAUCAGGUUACGCUUUUGCUCACCAAGAAGGCUAUGGUGAACUUAUUACAUCUGGUAAAAAUAUGCGUUUAAAUGUACCCCAAUCUUCUUCAAGUUUAGCAAGAACAAUGCUGAGCAGCACAAGCUGGAUAGAAAAUUUACGAAAGAAAACUGCAGAGAACUUUAACAGCUUCAGCAGUGACAAGUCUUCAAAACUAUGAAGUUUGGAUCUUGACCUUUUUUUUUAACCUUAAGCUGUGGCCAUAUUUUUGCACUGUAUUUCUCAACACCAAAGGAGAUAAUUUAUGUCUUCUGAAAGUGAAUCAUCUUGAAUUGGCAAAGUCCUGGAUUGUAAAAUCGUUUGACAUCAUCAUUACAUGUUUAUGAAUAGAACUUCUUUACAAGCACCCCUACCUUUCCAAGUACUGCUAAGGAGUCACUGUAAAUGAACAUUGGUGUAACACCAUACUGUGAUAAAGAACAAUAACACAGCACUGUAGCCUUGUUGCUUCUGACCAACAGCUUUUCAGACAGUUUUUACUGAAUGUCCCAGGCUUUUGGGUUCUGCUUAUAUAUGCAUUACAAUGUUUUGGAUUUUGUUAGGUCUGUAAAUGUACACUAAUGGUACACUUUUCGUUGUUUUGUUUUUUUUUCCUUUUUGUAAAACCAAUAUUAUA